AAGCCCUGCCUCACGUCCCCUGUGAGGAGCCCCAACAGGACUGAGCCGGGUCUGCAGCCUGUAGCUUCCGCUGUUGCUGGGAUGAGGCUUUGUGAGGCACCUGGGUUCUGUGGCUGCCACGAGGACCAGGGAGGCCCUCCACUUCUCAGUUCAAGGCGUGCCUUUGGUGCUCAGCCUGGUGUGACAGAGGCGGCGGUUGGAGGGGACUCUGCUGCAGUUGGGCUUCUCAGCCCCGGGCCUGGCAGCCACCCUCUGAACUCAGCUGUGUUCUGCAGGCAGCGUGGGCAGAUCGCCGGUGGUGGUUGCCCCGGAGCUGGCGGGCUUUCUGUCUGAUGGGCAUCUGUUGUAAGAGCCAGAGGCAGGUCGUCCCUGAAAACCUGGGCAGCUCUGUGAAGACCCCACCGCACCACCUGUCCAGGGUGAACGGCUGGUCGCCCCCUCUGCACUCCUUCCAGGUGGUAUGCUGGGCCAUCUUCCUGGUCAUGUGUGUCACCAGCUUUGGAAUCUUCAUCCCCUUCCUGCCCCUGGACUGGAAGCUCGCUGCCUACUCUGUGAUGGGAGCUGUGUUCCUGUUCCACAUGUUGGUCCACCUGAUUGCUGUUACCAUUGACCCGGCCGAAGUCAACGUGCGACUUAAAAGCUAUGCCCAGCCCGUGCCGACCUUCGACCGGUCCAAACAUGCACAUGUGAUCCAGAACCAGUACUGCCACCUGUGUGAGGUCACUGUGAGCGAGAAAGCCAAGCACUGCAGCUCCUGCAACAAGUGCGUCUCCGGAUUCGACCACCACUGCAAAUGGCUCAACAACUGUGUGGGGAGCAGGAACUACUGGUUCUUCUUCACCUCUGUGGCCUCAGCACUGUGUGGGCUGUUCUGCCUGAUGGUCCUCCUGCUGUACGUCGCCAUCCAGAACUUCGUCAACCCCACCAAGCUCCGCAUGGACCCCCUGUACCAAGAUGUCAGGUCUUCCAACCAGUGGCUGCUGUUCCUGCCCCUGUGCCCCGUGCAGGUGAAGACCCCCGUGGUCUUCUCCAUCCUCACGGUGGUGCUGCUGCUGGGCUCCACCAGCUUCGUGCUGCUCGGGCACCUGCUGGUCUUCCACCUGUACCUGAUGGCCAAGCACUUGAGCACCUUCGAGUACAUGAUGCAGGCCCGCUUCCAGCAGAACCAAGUGCCCACGAGGCGGGAAGGGCUGACUCUGCUCAAAGAGAAGGGGCGUCCAAAGGAGAAGGAGAGCGGCACGAGCACCUCUAUGUCUACACCCGGGGAUGCUACAGCAGUUUCUACUACCUUGGUGGCUUAAAACUGCAGGAGUUUCGGUCCUGGAGACCAGAAGUCUUAACAAGGUAUCAGUAGAUCCUUGCUGCCUUCGGGAAGCUGUGGAAGAGUGUCUGCACUCACCUCCUUGAGUGCUGCGUGGCUCUUGGGAUCCCAUCACUCUGAUCUGUUGUCUGACCUUCAUUGUUAUCUCCGUGUCCUCUCCAAUUCCCUCCCCAGUGCUGAAGGUCAGUCAUUGGGUGUAAGGUCCCCCUUGAUCUGAGUUUAAUUUCAUCUCAAGAUCAUCCUUAGCAGGUUACUUCCCUAAGCACUUUGUUUCCAAAUCAGGAAGCUUUGCGAGAGUCUGAGUGGUCAUAAAUUCGGAAGAAUACAUUUCAUGCCACCCUACUGCCUAUAUUAAGGUCAUUGAUCAAUAAUAACCUUAAUUCCAUCUGUUAGGCCCAAUGUGACCCAUUCACAGGGUGACAUCAUGGGCCAGGAUUAGGGAAGGGGAGCUACAUUCUGCUGCCUCAUAGUUUAUGACCACUCACCGACAUGCAGCACAUACAAUUGCAAUUUUUAAUCACACUUUUUGAGUGGCCUAUGUAGGAGGCACUGUUCUUAGCAAUGGAAAUGGGAAUUAUAUAGAUAAGUCCCAUCAAGAAAUAAAUACCCAAUAAUUACAAAGGUUUGUGAAAUGUGUUUUGAAGACAAAGAGGUAAUAAAGAAAGGUGUUGGGAGGUGGUCUUAGCAAGUGUCGUAGAGUAGAGGCCCCUGUGGAGGAAAGAGGCGUCCACGGUGAGGCUCGGAGCAGCCGGUGCACAGGGCUCAGCGAGGCUUCCCAGCGUCCAUCCAGAAACACUCAGCGCAGAGGUGAGUGUUGAGAUCCAGGGUCUGAAUCAGGAAGGCUAAAGUUAAAUUUGGAGGGCCCAGUGAGGAGUUCUGAUGUCGUUGAAAGAUUUUCAGCAGGAAGGGACACUACUGGGUUCAUGCUCUGGUACUGAGUGGCCAGAGGUUGGCCAGUAGAGCACAGGAAGAUGCAGGGAUGCACCCAGGAGGACUGGCUGUGCAGAGAGAUGGUGACUGUGGCCCUUGGCCCUGCCUGCCUUGACACGACCCUUUAAAGCAUGCAAGGCUCUCUGCGUGAAGACAGUCCUGCCCACACCGCACCUUCCAACUGAGUGUCUCUCUUCUGUUUCCAGGUCAAAACUCACUCUGUGACCCCCUGAGGCUGAUCUCACCUCCCUCCUGAGGCCAUCUGGCCACAGUGCUCCUGGCCACCUCCUGCUGGUGCACCCUGCUGAGUCCCAUGAGCAGUGAGCUCAGAGGCACCUGAUAGCCUCCAGGAGGCCUCCAGGUGCUGAGACAGUCCACGCCAGAGCUUCAGGACACUGCAGCCUCCAGGGGCCAGUCCUGGGCUCCCUCCCCAGUGUGACGUGUGUCUGUCCUUCCUGCCCCUCCUCGCAGAGCACAGAUGUUCCUGCCAACUCUGAUCUGCAGAGCUGCUGUCCAUCUGCAGAGAGCUCCUCACCACAGGUGAGCUGGCCAGCUGGCACAGAGCUUUGAAGGAGGGGUCAGCACCCAGACAGGGGCUAGGCCCCCCUGGAGCAAGGCAAGGGCAGGGUUCUGGUGGACAUGCUCUCUGGUGUUAAACAAUGGUGUGUGUGUCUCCAUGUGUGAGACUGCAUCACUGUGAAGUCUGGGGUGUGUGUGGUGUGUUCGGUGUGUAUGUGCCGUGUGCAUGUGUGCAUGGUAUAGAAUGUGUGUAUGUGUGUCCGUGUGCUGGGUGUGUAUAAUAUUGCAUGUGGUGUGUGUAACACAGUAUGUCGAAUGUAACAUGGAGUGUGGAAUGUGGUGUCCAACUGGCAUGUGUGGUGUGGAACAUGGUGUACGGUGUACACAUAUUAUGGCAUGCGGUGUGCAGCAUGCAUAUGGGGUGUUAUGGAGUGUGUUCAGUAACAUGGCAGGUGGUGUGUAACAUGACAUAUGGUGCACAUGUAUCAUGGUGUGUGGUGUGCAGAAUGUAUGUGGUGUGUAAUAUGGCUUGUGGUGUGAAGUGUGGCCUAUGGGGUGCACCCGGUAGUGUGUGGUGUACAGUGUGGCCUGUGGGGUAUAAUAUGUAGUGUGGUGUGCAGCAUGGCCUGUGGGGUAUGGCAUGGUCUGUGGGGUGCAGCGUGGUCUGUGAGGUACAGCGUGGCCUGUGGAGUACAGCAUGUGGC